AAUGUCUCCCGCCGUCAGUACGCACAGGCCGCAAGCGCGACACAAUAGCUCAUGUUUUCUUUUCCUUUUGCAGCAGCAGCCGGCGGUGGCGAGCAAGCCCGGUGGCUCCGCUUUCCUGGGUCGGGGUCGUUAGAAUGGGGAAUCUGUUCCCGAUCCGCGAGCUAUUUCGCUCCGAGUGAUUGACAUGUGCCCGGGGUAGGGCAGGCGGGGUAGACGGGAGUGGAGGAGCUCGAGGUCUCGUCCCGCCCUCAUUGUAUCCAAUGAGCGGCGUUACAUUGUUAGAUUGUGUACGCGCGGCGGGGCACAGACGUGUGGAUGUAGCGGGUGGCGGCGCGUGGAGCCCGGGGUCCGGGCCAACGUUCUAAAAUGGAAAGCUGCGACAUGCCUCCGCUCGAGAUGCAGCAUCAGAAACAGCAAGAGGCUGCACCAUCGGAGCUCGUGGGAAAGCGCUUUCUUUGCAUCCUAAGCGGCUGCAGCCAGGAGCUCCAACUCGGGCCAGUGUCUGAAUGGGACUGGAAGGCGGGCAUCAUCAGAGCCGUCUCCCACAAAGAUGCUUCGCACCCAAAUUUCUUGGUCUUUCUAGAAUUCGACGAAAGCUGGUGUCGGUGGAUGAAACUCCAUGAUGAGGAGCUCAGGGUCUUCCUGAUUGAAUACCAGUUAGUUCUGGCUGAAAGGAAAUCUCCAAGAGGAACUGCAGAUGAUGUGCAGUGGCCUGGACUGACAUUUAAAUGCUUGAUGGACAAAGUUGGUCUUGGAUCAAUGAUUCCUGUGGAAUUUCUUGCAGACAAGUACCGAAUGUUUCUGCAAAACAAGGUCUCUCCUCAGCCACUAAAGAGGAAUAUGAACUCCUGGGCAAAACCACUCCGGGACGACGAGGAGAUUUGUGCCGAGAUUAAGAUGUGGUUCAUUAAGAAAUGUACCCAAGAAGUGCUCCUCUAUGGUACUUGCAACUUGGCUGGCUAUCAAGUUAAGGUGUAUGACUUGAAAUCUGCUACUCAUUGGUGCCCAGCAACAGUGACUCAGCAUAAUAUAACAACCAGAUUAAUGCAUAUCAAAAGCGAACAGUUUCCGGAGAAGCAAACAGUUGAUCCAUCUCUGAUUCACAUGGCUUUCCUUCAUGAUGAAGAUAUUGAAGCACUGGCCAAUGAUGACGGUGAUAUUGAUAUGUUAAAUGUUGAUCAUUCUGUAAGAACUGAGUGCAUGAAACGAAAGUCAAUGGAAGGCCACAAUGACGGUGGGAUGAAAAGGUCAAAGUGUGAUACAUUGGCUGAGAGCAAGAGUUGCAGGGCAGAGCAGAACACUGAAGCAACCACGCAAAGUGAAGGCCAGUGCAGUAAUGAACAGUCACUACACCCUGAUCCAGGAAUAUUAACAGGGCAGGAUAAUGUACAAAUGCAGCAGUUCCUAGAAUCUAGAACCUGUCAUCUGAACAAACUGCUUAUGAAGGAAGGCAUGGAAAAUGUGACAAGUGCAGACCCUCAAAAGCCAAAGCCUUUGUUUGGAUUUGAUGGCAGUUGGAGUGGUUUUAAUCUCAUUUUUUCAACUCGGGCAACUGAUAACGGAAGAACGGUGGUAGUCGAGGAUAAACUCCAACCAGGGACUGAACUUCUAACACCCCUUCGAGACUCUGCUCCAUCACAGAAACCUCAACUUUCUGUGCAGUUAAAUAAAGGAACAGCUACUUGCUCCUCUUCUGAAGCAUCAAGAACAAUCCGUGCAGCUCAGUUUGUUCACUCCAGGUCGGGCGACAUGUUGCUGGGCAGUGCUGCUACAACACCUGAGAGGAAAGACUUAAGACAGACGACCCCUCCACCUGCAAAUUCCCCUCCAGCCAUCACCGCGGUGGUGCCCCAAGGGACGGUUGAACAGCAAAGAAUGGUGGAAGCACUGAGUGAAAGGCAGAGUCCUCCAGUUAGCAGCAGCUAUGCUAACUCCGUCUGUUCGGAAUCCGGGCUGUCAAAGCUAUUUUUGGGAGGUCAGAAUAAACCUCCUUUGCCAGGAGACAGAUCGGCUGCUGGUUUUUUUGACGAGAGCAGGUCACGGCCAGGGAUUUUUAGUAACCGCCCUGUGGCACCAUCAUUGGGAAAACCAUUUCAGACUUGUGGAAACGGGCAGCCAGAAUGGUGUGAGAAAGGGAAGCUGCUCCAUCAGGAGAAGGUGACCAAAGCUCUGAUUACUGAUCCUUCAGGCUGUGAGCCUUCACUUCCCGCUAAGACAGAUGCCACAACUAGCAUUCAGUCUCAAUCUUCACAAACAUUUAACCCGCCUGGUAGUUUUCCAGUGAGCAAAGGUAGUCAGCGAGCUGCCCUGUCUUCGGACCUCUCCUACAAUAUGGAAUCAAACAAUGCCAAGGUUUCACUGGUGAAUUCCCAACUCUCUGAUGGAAGCGAAAGUGAUACAGAAAGUACGACAAGUGACUUAAGCUGUUCAUCGGGACUGAGUUCCGACCUAGGAUUUGAACCUUCGACCCCGCAAGGUUUGAGGAACUCAUCAUUCCACAAGCCCUGGUCUCCUAGUCCGAAAAAGAAAGGGGAAGAAGUUGAGCUGCUGAGAAGUACUGUCUUCAAAGAAAGAAGAGGCAGAGUUGACGCCUCCCAGUCUGUGCUGAAUGAUGCUCAGAAGGUCCGGGCUUUGCAGCAGAGUGGUGAGUCCUUUCUGCAAGAUGGCUCCUGUAUUAAUGUUGCUCCCCACCUCCACAAGUGCAGAGAAUGUCGCUUGUCCAGUUACCACCGACACAGGGAUGAGGCAGACUCCAGUGUCUUCUGCAGGUUCUUCCACUUCAGGAAGUUGCAUUUUAACAAACAUGGAGUACUUCGUGCAGAAGGAUUCCUCACUCCAAACCAGUGUGAUCCAGAAUCUUUACGCUUGUGGAUACCCUCUGAUGCUAACGUUGAGGGCUUGGACCUGGAUACCUCCAAGUAUAUUCUGGCUAAUAUUGGAGACCACUUCUGCCAAUUGGUUAUGUCUGAAAAGGAGGCGCUCAAGUUGGUGGAACCUUGUAAAAAAAUCGCAUGGAAGCGUGCGGUCCGAGGAAUUCGUGAGAUGUGCGAUGCCUGUGAGACGACCCUCUUCAACAUCCACUGGGUGUGUCCCAAGUGUGGUUUCGGGGUGUGUCUUGACUGCUACAAGAUGAAGAAGACCAAUCCACAGCAAGAUCACAAAGAAAUGUUUUCUUGGUUGAGAUGUGCUAACGGCCGCAUCCAUGAACCAAAGAAGCUGAUGCCAACGCAGAUUAUUCCCGGCUCAGCCCUGUAUCAGAUUGGAAACAUGGUUCAUUCUACAAGAGGGAGAUGGGGCAUAAAAGCCAACUGUCCUUGUACAAUGAGAAAGAACAAACCGUUGUUUAAACCUCCUGUGGCCAGUGAGGAAAACCAGAAAGUAAAUAACAGCGUGGUUUCCAGUGAGACUUCAACCUGUAAUAAACCACCGGCCUCUGAGUGCAACCCCGUGCCGAGUAUGAUGAACAGCAGCAGCAAUGCAUCUCCCAUCCCUGCUCCAACUCUGAGAAAGGAAGAGAACUCUCCCUUCAGCUGGAUGAUGGGCAUCGGCGAUGUUAAAGGAAACCCGCAGCGACCUUUGAAUAAACAGACAAAGCCUGUUGGCUUGUUUGACUCCUUCAGCACUUUGUCGAAGCCUUCGGCAUCGCUGCAGACAUUCAACAGUUUGUUAACGCUCUCGCCCAGUAACUGCAGCACCACCAGUUCAUUGAGAAAUCUCCUCUCUCCCAGCUUGGGAAAGUCUGAUAUAGGAUCAAGUACCACCUCCAACCUCCUUGAUGACAUAUUUGCCUCACUGGUACAAAGUAAACCCCCCACAAAUGGAGCAAUGGCAUCUAGUAAAACAGCUGAUACCCGAGAGCUCCACAAGGCUGUGCCUGGGAAAGUGCUGAUUUUUGGCUCUGAUACCCCGCAUACCUGGUACUGUGGUGGCCGUUUGCUGUGCUUGCAGGAUCCGAGCAACAAGAACAAUUGGAAUAUCUUCAGAGAGUGCUGGAAGCAAGGACAUCCGGUCAUUGUAUCUGGAGUUCACGCAAAGUUACGUGAAGAACUCUGGAAGCCAGAAGCAUUUGGGGAAGAGUUUGGAGAACAGGAUGCUGACCUGGUUGAUUGCAGAACGAACACAAUUAUUGCUGGUGCGAAAAUCCGAGACUUCUGGGAUGGAUUUGAAGACCUUUCACGACGCCUUGCCACAAAAGAGAGAGUGCCUAUGGCUUUGAAGCUGAAGGAUUGGCCUCCAGGAGAGGAUUUCAGAGACAUGAUGCUCUCUAGAUUUGAUGACCUGAUGAAUAAUCUACCCCUGCCUGAGUAUACCAAGAGAGAUGGCAAACUGAACCUGGCCUCCAGAUUGCCAGAUUUUUUUGUUAGACCUGAUUUAGGUCCAAAAAUGUAUAAUGCUUAUGGAUUAUUAUCAGCCGAGGAUAGAAAGUUUGGAACAACAAACCUUCAUUUAGAUGUGUCCGAUGCUGCUAAUGUUAUGGUGUAUGUAGGAAUCCCCAGUGGCCAGCCUAACCAUGAAGAGGAAAUUCUGAAGACAAUGGAGGAUGGUGACACAGACGAGUUAACAAUUAAACGCUUCACUGAGUCCAAUGAAAGGCCUGGUGCCUUGUGGCAUAUUUACUCAGCCAAAGACGCGGAGAAGAUCCGAGACCUGCUGAGGAAGGUGGCAGAAGAACAACAUCAAGAAAAUCCUCCAGACCACGAUCCCAUUCAUGACCAAAGUUGGUACCUGGACAGUACACUACGCAAGAGACUUUACCAUGAAUAUGGUGUCCAGGGUUGGGCCAUUGUGCAGUACCUAGGUGAUGUGGUUUUCAUUCCAGCUGGAGCUCCACACCAGGUGCACAACUUGUACAGCUGUAUCAAAGUGGCGGAGGACUUUGUUUCCACUGAGCACGUCAAACACUGCUUCCGGCUCACGCAAGAGUUCCGACACCUGUCUAAUACCCAUACAAACCAUGAGGAUAAACUACAGGUGAAGAAUAUCAUCUACCAUGCAGUGAAGGAUGCUGUUUCGAUGUUGAGAGCUCAUGAAUCCAGCCUUCUCAAGACUUCAGUCUGAAGCCCCAAAAGGGAGCUGGGUUUUCCUGGAAGAUCUGCACUGUAAUGUUAGUGGCAUCCUUUUAAAAGGAAGAAUAACCUCUGUCAGCAGAGGCAAACUGACAUUUUUGCAAAGAACUUUGAUAGUAAAUGUGAUGCGGAAAGAAACAUAACACAAAUCUCUACUUCACCUUGUCUUAAUUUUGUACAGCCAAGAAAUGUCAAUAGUCUGUACAAUUCUGCAUGUGUUUAUAGCCAGUAAAUUUUAGUUCCUUCUUUCUGUCCCAUUUUAUUGUGUUUAGUACAAAAUUAGUUGAAUUCUGUCUCCCACUAUUAUAAUUUAUUGUCUCUUCUUUCUCGAAGAGAUGUUACUGAGAUCAAGAAAUACUUCGAAUUAAAAUUUUACUUGCUGCAAUUUCUGCAGAAACAGCAAACGAUGAAGAGAACCCGUACACAGUGUCGCUUUAUAAAUUAAUCGAGGAUGCCAUUGCCAGUGACUCAAAUCUUAUUCAUGCAUACCCGUUGGGAAGAAAAAUUUCCAUUUUCCACGUUGGGCACUGGUAAAAACUAACCAAAUCCUUUGUAAAUAUAACCUCUCUGCUCCUCCUUUUCACAUGGUUAUUCAAUGAUGCACAAAUUUCACCGCAGAUACUUCAUUUCUGAGUUCUGAUGUCAGUACCCAGAUCUGAAUAGAAGAUGCUAUUUUUUCAUUACUUUAUCAAGUGUUCUGCUUCCACUUUGUGUAAAUAUUGCAGUUCUUUCUGAGGUACGUUGGGUGGAGGCCCCUUUCUGAAUAAAUGUUGCUAAACCAAUGGGUCCAAUCAGCCAAGAAUUAAAGAUGUAUGGUUUUGGGAUUUAACUUUGUUGUGCAGUACAUGAGGGACAUUCCACACACUGCUAAUUACCAACACUGGCACCUCCACAGCACAAUUAAAUAUACAUCAAUGGAGCAGAUAAAUUUACCUUAUUUGAUCUGUGGGGAGGCUUGUCUUAUGUUCUAAUACGUACAAAACAUGGGAUUCACUAAUUUUGAUGCAACUACUGAUUUUUUUUUUUGUUGCCAAACUUCAAAGCUUAUUAAGAAAUAAGCUAGUCCGUGUAGGUGUGUGUUCUAAAUGGAAACAGUAUAUGCUGCCCUAUUUGUUAUGGUAAGUUUCUACUGUAGUUUUCGCCAAAUAAUGUAACACAUUACACUAUAUAAGGAAGUUGCAUUGUUGGAGAAACAGCACUGUCUGAAAGAGUUCUGUCUUUUUCCUAAAUUUACCUCAUUAUAAAUCAAGGGUCCAAACUAAUCUUUAAACUGUGUUUUGGCUGUAUGGUUGAAGUUGGUAGUACAGAAUUGUAAAUUUCAUCCUGACUUGAUUGUUAAAAAUACUAACUUGAAAGCAACGUUUCUUUGUCUCUUAUACAGCCAGUGUUCAACUAAGCAAAAGCUUUGUUUGUCUCCAGCAUGUAAUUGUGGCUGUAAAGCUGAGAGCUGCUUCGAGCUUCUUUUUUAUAAAUCUUAAAAUGUUUGGCAUUUCCUUUACCUUCUGUAGUUUUGGAUUACUCAGGACCUACACUCGAAUGUUUAAUGUAUCAUGUUGAUUUGUUUUUGUACAUUUUUUUUGUGUGGCUUAAAUAACGUGACUGAAGUUUGAGAUCUGGAAGAUGACAAGUUGAUCAGUAGAAUUGUUUACAGAUUGCAGUGGUAUUUGUACACCCAGAUAAUGUGAUUUUUACACAAUAUAUCAACAUGUUCUUGAAA